UCCCUCCCUCCCUCCUUCCCUCUCUCUUCAGCGAUACAUGUGCAGGGAGAGACUGUGACGCAGCCAUUCCAGAGUGUGAGCCAAAGGCACACAGACAGCCAGGCAGCACUGAUCCUACUCCCUAUACUCCACAGGGGCAUACCAGACCCAGAGAAGAACACCUUAUCUACAACACACACCGGCUGCUAAACUUCCAGAGGUCCGGCUGUGCAGACCACCAGGAGGCUUCCACUCACAACCUGACACUCCCACUAAGCCUGUCUCCCAGCUAACCACCUGAACCACCUGCUGGAUGUCCACUAUGGAAACUCCGGGUCAGAAACGAACCAGCCGUGGCGGAGCCGCCACUCCGCUCUCCCCAACCCGUAUCUCCCGCCUGCAGGAGAAGGACGACCUAUGCAACCUCAACGACCGGCUGGCCGUCUACAUCGACAAGGUGCGCUCACUGGAGGUAGAGAACGCUGGGCUGCGGCUCCGCAUCACCGAGUCUGAGACCGAGAUCAGCCGUGAGGUGACGGGCAUGAAGGCGGCCUAUGAGACGGAGCUCGCUGACGCCCGCAAGACCCUCGACUCGGUGGCCAAGGAGCGCGCCCGACUGCAGCUGGAGCUAGGCAAAGUCAAGGAGGAGUACAAGGAGCUCAAAGUCAGAAAUGGGAAGAAGGAGUCGGACCUGGAGGCUGCUCUGGCCCGGCUGAGGGAUUUAGAGGCUCUGUUGAACUCUAAAGAUGCCUCCCUGUCCACCGCCCUGGGGGAGAAACGCUCUCUAGAUGCUGAGGUCAGGGACCUGAAGGCCCAGCUAGCCAAGCUGGAGACCGGUCUGAGCGAUGCUAAGAAGCAGCUUCAGGAUGAGAUGCUGAGGAGAGUGGAUGCUGAGAACCGCCUGCAGACCCUCAAGGAAGAACUGCAGUUCCAGAAGAACAUCUACGGAGAGGAGCUGAGGGAGUCCAAGCGCAGGCACGAGUCUCGCAUGGUGGAGAUUGACAGUGCAGGAACAAAGCAGGAUUACGAGAGUAAGCUGGCCGAGGCCCUGAUGGAGCUGAGAGCCCAGCACGAGGAGCAGGUCCGCAUCUACAAGGACGAGAUCGAAAAGACCUACAACUCCAAGCUGGAGAACGCCCGUCACUCUGCAGACAGGAACAGCACCCUGGUGGGGGCGGCCCACGAGGAGCUGCAGCAGACCCGUGUGCGGAUGGAGGGCAUGUCCUCCCAGCUCAGCCAGCUGCAGAAACAGCUGGCGGCGAGGGAGGCCAAGAUGCGUGAGCUGGAGGAGUCUCUGGCCCGUGAGCGGGACAUGAUGCGCCAGCGCCUGGAGGACAAGGAGAAGGAGAUGAGGGACAUGCGCAUGCGAAUGCAGCAACAGCUGGAUGAAUACCAGGAGCUGCUGGACAUCAAACUGGCCCUGGACAUGGAGAUCAGCGCCUACCGUAAACUGCUGGAGGGAGAGGAGGAGAGACUGCGUCUGUCUCCCAGCCCUCCCCCAACCCGAGUCACCGUGUCCCGUACCACCGGUUCGGGCUCAGCACACACCCUUACCACCCGUACCUCCGGCUCAGGACACAGCCACAGCGCCCGCGUUUUCCAGUCCACCAGCGGCAGUCGCAACUCCUCAGGCACGGCCAGCGCCAAGAAGAGACGGCUCAAUGACAACGACAGCGAGACCUCCAGCCUGGCGGGGGGCGUCGUGACCCGUACACGCAUCGCCCAGCAGGCCUCUGCUAGUGGCCGCGUCACCGUGGACGAGGUGGACCUGGAGGGGAAGUACGUCCGCCUCAGCAACAAGGCCAACGAGGACCAGCUCCUGGGCCACUGGCAGGUGAAGAGACAGGUGGGCACCAGCACCCCCAUCGUCUACAAGUUCCCCCCCAAGUUCACCCUUAAGGCAGGACAGACCGUCACCAUUUGGGCUUCAGGAGCAGGUGGCACCCACAAUCCCCCCUCAGACCUGGUGUGGAAGACCCAGAACUCAUGGGGCAGCGGAGACCUGUUCCAAACCACCCUGGUCAGCGCCAAUGGAGAGGAAAUGGCACAGAGGAAAGUUACACGCACCCUGCUCCAGGAAGAUGAUGACGAUGACGGCAACCACAGCGCAUGCGGUGUGGACAGUGAGUACAACCUGCGGAGCCGCACGGUGGUCUGUGGCUCGUGUGGCCAGCCGUCUGAUAAGAGCUGUGCCACCUCAGGGGUGUCCAGCGGCUCCUGCUCCAUCAGCAGUGGAGGAGGUGGUCUACCUGAGGGCCUGAUGUCUCCCCUCUUUAUAAUGGGCAGCAACUCACCCAGACAGGGAGGUCCCAGACCGGAGAACUGCUCCAUCAUGUAAAACCAGGCAGGCACCACCUUACCUGGACAAGAACCUCCCACACCACACAUGGAUGGGAGACUCCUUUUUUUUAUUUGUUUAUUACUUUUUAUUUCCUUUGUUUCGUAUAUGAUCGGUCCUAUUUUGUAUGACAUCAUCUGCAGGUUAGAUUGGCUUUGGUGUUUGGAAAAGGGUUAGGAGCUGCGUAUUCACUUCAGAUAUAUGAGCUUGUAUAUUCGAGUUAUAUUGCAUGUGGGCUGGGCAGAUGCUUGCACUGUUUAGGGCCAUAUCUAGGGAGAGAGGCACAGAAAGCACCUUUAACCAUUACAGUGGACUUUGAUCCAUAGUGGACUUUUGCGUCUCAUGUCUAAGCUGUCAACACUAAACACGCACAGCAGCAAACCCUGUGGGGGCUGGAACCAGGGAUCUCUGCCCUGGUAUUCCCCAUACACUACCAUAGAAUGUCCUGAAUGUCACUUAAUAGAGAUGGAGUUGACCCCCUCAGACCCCUAGAGGAUUAUGGGUUUUUUGUAUUAGACUGAGCGAUGGGAUGAUGGGAUUGGUCAUUCUAAAGCCAUAGUUACAAAGAGGAGCUCAAACUUGAAACUGCCAUCAAGUGGUUUAUAUUUCUGAACACAAGGCGGUAGUUUUUUAUGGAAUGACAUCUAUAGUAUUACUCAUGAAACAAUCAGACAACUAUGGUGAUAUGGAUAUAGGUUCCAAAUUGUGACUUGUUUUCACAGGCUUGAAAGAGGUUCGUAGUUGUUAAAGAAAGGAAAGCAAACGAGAUGAGAGCACAGAUAUGGGGAAGACAAAGUAGGACUGUAUUGUAAAGUUGUUGAAGGUCUUGAUAUGACCUCUAGAAAGAGUUUCCUCUUAGAGGCUGAUAAUCCUUGUCUGACCUCACCUUUGUCUUGUUUGAAAAAACAAAACAAUUAUGCCACACUUUUUUGUUUAGGUAGUUGUACUGUAGGGCAACUCAUCAAGGCAGAAAAAUAUGAUUUCUAGGGACUAUUUUGCUGCAUUUUGAAUCUGGGAUAAUUGCCAGAUGGAUUAUAGUAAUGUUACUGUAACGUUCUAUUAUGAUUCUGCAUGUUAAUGGAUGAGGGAAUGAGGCAGACUCUAAAGUCAGAAAUUGCCUGAGUUGGAAGUAUGUUGAUUUAAAUGAAAGGACAAUGCUUACCUUCUCAUGACAGCAGUGCAACAGAAUGUGUACAUUCUGUACCUUUGUUUGUAUUAGGUGUAGUGUCAGAAAGAAUGGGUUCAGAUAGUUAGUAAGUAAGCUUUGCUCAAGCCUGAACGGCCCAUAGGGGUAGUUAAUACCAUAUAGUCUAUCUGGCCAAACGUUUACUUUAUUAAUGAACUACAGUAUGUUGCACUGGCAAAUAUGUUGGUGCCAAUAUUGCCUCAUAGCAUAUUUUCAGUGUAAUCAAUUAUUGUCUUCAAUUACUGUUUAUAUUUACAUGGUGCAUAAGAACUCUCACUUUGACAAUGUCAGAAAGAGUAUUUACUAGAGAAGGAAACCUAAAUGAAACUUAAACCAUCCAUUCCUCAUGAUAUGAUGCCAAUUGACUUAUUUUGUCCUCUGUAAUCAUGUAUUGUAGUCUUGAGACUAUUGUCCAGAGGCCUCUCUCCCACUAAAGGAUUAUAAUGGCUAUGUUUUUCUGAGCUUAGUGGCUUUGCUUUUGGGCAUGUUUAUAAAUUUUUUUUUUUGGGGGGGUGUAUGAGGGCUUCUUAUUUCUUUAUAACUUUGUCAAGAACGAGCUACAAUCAUCUACAAAGCUUUAUCCACUGCAUAUUAAGAGGCAUGUACAGUAGUCUGGCAGCCUUUUAUAGGAUGUAUAAGCAGUAAAGAUUUUCUGAGAAUACUUGAUAGUUUUUGAACAUUUUGUGUUUUUUUGUACUUCAUACACAUUUCUAUCACUACCAAACAGGAGAAAAGUUCACUGCCUCAGAAAUACCUGAGAAAAGCUCAAUAAUCAUUUCUUACUUGACCGAUUCAGAUAGUUUUACUUUUUUCAGUAUAUUUCUUUUCUCAAGUGCCUUAUCGAUACCUGCUAGUGAUCAUUGAAAAUGAUGUAUUCUUCUUGCAUUAUGAAGUGUCAAUUCCAAAGAUAUGUGGUAUUUUGUCUUUAAAGACAAUGGAAUUUAUAGAUUUACAGAGUAUGUAGGCCAUAUUUGCAUAUUUGUACGGAAAUUGUACUUGUACAUAAUGCUCAAUUGAAUUUGUAAGAAAUGAUUAUUCCUAAUAUGAAAAAGCCAUGCAAUCCAAGUAGAGUGUAGUAGUGAUUUACUAUUUUUUGCCUUUAAAAUUAUUUUCCCAACA